AUGCGCUGCGGCACCCACACAAAGACCAAGCGUGACGAGUUGUCUUCCGCAGAAGGCAUCCGAGUCCUCAAAACGUUUGAAUCGUCCGUCUUCUCCGGCGCAAGUCUCGAGACGGAGAACCACACCCUCGAGUCCCUCCGUGUCCUCCCCGACAUCGUGGCCGUCUGGCCGAAUACAAAAGCUACGUUAAUCGCCCCCGUCAAGCGACAAGUCGCCGUCGACCCCAGCGCGGCGGCCACGCACGCAGUCCACUGGGCCACCGGCGUCGACGACCUCCACGAGCAAGGCGUCCGCGGCCAAGGCGUCAAGGUUGGUAUCGUUGACACGGGCGUGUGGUACAAGCACUCCGCCCUCGGUGCGGGAUUCGGUCCCGGGUUCAAGGUCGCCGGCGGCUGGGACCUUGUCGGCGACGGAUGGGUCGUGGGCGCCGAGAAGAGUCCCGACGCGGAUCCGGCUGACGAGCAAGGACACGGCACGCACGUUGCGGGAAUCCUCGCCGGAGAGGAUCCUUCUUCGGGGUGGGUCGGGGUCGCGCCGGAGGCGAGUCUGUACGCGUAUAAAGUCUUUGGACCCGGCGACGGGACAGACCAGGCGACCAUCAUCGACGCGUUCCUCCGGGCGUACGAUGACGGGAUGGACGUCAUCACUGCCAGUAUCGGCGGGCGAGGCGGGUUCGCCAGUGACGCCUGGGCCGUCGUCGCGAGCCGGAUCGCCGCCGAGGGUGUCGUCGUUACGAUUGGCGCGGGGAACGCGGGCAACGGCGGGGCGUACUAUGCCAGCACGGGCAGUUCUGGCGACAACGUUCUCAGCGUGGCGAGCGCGGAGGUGAAGCGGGACGAGGCGACGGGGGAAGAGGUUCGUCAGCCGUCGUAUUUUUCGAGCUGGGGCGGCUUGUAUGAUUUGUCCGUCAAGCCUGACGUUGCUGCGCCGGGGACGGACGUGUUUAGUACGUGGCCUGGCGGGGACGACGACCAGUUUGUGCUGCUUUCUGGGACGAGUAUGGCUACGCCGUAUAUUGCUGGGGUCGCGGCGUUGUAUAUCUCCCAGCAUGGCGGGAGGGGUGUCCACGGAAGGGGCUUCGCGAGGGAACUGAGUAUGAGGAUUAUCUCGACGGGGGCAUCGUUGCCGUGGUUGCUGUAUAGCGGGGAUGUGGACGAGGCGUAUAGAGCGCCUUCGCAGCAAGUCGGCGGUGGACUCGUUGACGCGAAAAAGGUUGUACAGUAUGGCACCAGCUUGGAGCUGGUGAGGUUCGGGCUGAAUGAUACUGCUCACUUCCGUGCAGAUCAAGGGGUGGUGGUCAGGAAUAGAGGCAACGAGACGGUUACGUACAGUUUCGAGGUUGAUAACUGGGCCGGGAUCGAGAUGCUCAAGGCGUUUGAUGGACGGGAUCCGGCGGAGACACCGAGGAUGAGGUAUAGGCCGGAGAUCGUGCCUAGUAACAUCUCCGCGAAGGCGAAGGUGCCGGAGGAGUUCGAGCUAGGUCCUGGAGAGGAGAGGAGAGCAGAAUUCGUCUUUGACGUGCCCGAGGGUGUGAACCAGACGGCUCUUCCGGCUUACGGUGGCCGUCUCCUCGUCAAGGGUAGCAAUGGGGAGACCGUUGCUGUUCCCUAUCAAGGACUGGCUUUCGACCUACAGAAGCAGAUGGAGAGCCCAUUCCACGGGACGUAUCCGUGGUUGAGAUCGACGAGCGCGUAUAGCACUAAGACGACCUUCAGCUUCGAACUCGCUAGUGGUAAACAGGACUUUCCCAUGAUGUUCAUGAAGGUCAAGUGGGGUACGAGAGAGGUUCGGUGGGAUAUCUACGGAUCCGACUUUGACGAAGCCCGAGACUGGGAAUAUCCCCCCGUGCCCGGGAGCCGAGGCUACAUCAGCUCUGCAACUUCCUGGACCUAUGCCGGCAAAACUUCAAGCUUCAACCCUGCUCGCCACAACGCCAGCGACAUUUUCUCAUUUCCUGAGACGGAUGUUGGAAGGAACGCGUUGACGACGGGGGGCUACACGACGACGUAUUACUGGUUUGGAGUGUUGAGUGACGGGAGUAUAUUGACGCCUGGGAACUAUACCAUGAGGUUUGCCGUUUUGGUGCCCUUUGCUGAUCCUCGUCUGAGUGUGAGCUGGAAGGGGUUGACGACUAAGUUUACGGUGUCGCCAAAAGGUGGGAAAAGCACAAUCAGCAGAAGAAGAUAUUAA